GUCUAUUGCUUAUUCCUAACAAGGUUAUUUGGUAUUGAAUAUUGAGGAUUUUCAUUUUUCUCGUAUACUUUAUUAAAAUUGGUAUAACCGACAUAAAUAUUGGUUAUACCACCGUUAUCUCAGAGAGGCAUAAGGUGUGGAUAAAAAGCCGGAGUAACCGCAAGAUAGGAAGAUGGGGCAGAUUUAGCUGAGCUUCUUUAAAAGAAAAAAGAAAAGGAAAAAAAAAACUGAGCUUUUCGUUUCAUUCCCCCAUUCCUCCUACCACAAACCCUAAAAUCUUUGUUUCGAGCUUCUUCGCCCAUUCCUCCCACCACAAGCCUCUUUCCCCCAAUCCCUUGCUUUUAAUGGAGAUCAGGAUGGGAGAAGGCCUCCAAUAUCAUGGAUCCAUGUUGAAGUGGAAAAUUUAUUUCGAGGUAGAGACGAUUAAUGUAUACACAGGUUUGUUCGAAAGCCGCAAAAAGCACAUCUAUCUUGGGUUAUUCACGAUGACGGAUUAUGUGAGGACAUUGAUCGAAAAAUACACGCCGGAGCUGGAGGUAGAGCUACCGAAGCCCUCACUCGAAUACCACCCGGAGGCGACGGAUGACGGACUUCUCAAGAACAACAUGGUCUCUAUGAUGUUGUCCUUCGAUACCAUAAACAAGAAGCUGAAAUCCAUUUGCGAUACAACCGGUGGGACGAACUCACUGAAUGAAUUGGCGGAGGAAUACAGGCAGGAAUUACCUGUCUUUGAAACCAUGAAGGACAGGAUCGCCCAAACACUCUUUAACUGGAGCACCGCCCUGAUCGACGAGAUCAUGGAGCUUCCGGAGCAUGUGCAGGAGCUGCUCGACUUGCCUUCCACAGACGCUACCUGGAGCUCUGAGCACAACUGCUCACCAAUUCGAUCUUCGAUGUAAUUUCGCAAAACCUUCAAACAGAGGGAAAUAUAUGACCAGAUGAUUGUUGAGCAGAAGAUGAACAUGGAGGAAAUGCACAGAUCAAUUGGAUAAAAAAGGAAGGAGAAUUAUGAGCUUUGUAGGAGGAAGUGUACAACAAUUUUUUUUUACCGAACAUGAUACAAAACCAUUUCAGAAGAAUGCAAAAUGGUGUCAUCCUUUUCUUCUCUCUGUAUUUGGUGCCUAUGAGAUUGUCUUUGACGAGGUUCCUGAUCCCUCUUUGUUGUUGUUUUCGUUGCUGCUGCUGUUGUUGUUUUCACUAGGUGGCAGCGAUGCAACUGCUGCUUGAUGGAUGCUGGCUUACUGAAGUGGACACAAAAUAAUGUUGUCGUUUUCGUUUUCCUAAGACUCUCUGUAUUUGGUGCCUAUGUUCUGGAAGUGGAGAUUGACAUUUGUUUUUGUGGUUGGAUGGUGCAACAUUUAGUUGCCAACUGAUUGACAUCUGCAUAUCUUCCGAACCAAUAAUCGUAUUUUCAUCUAUACGAUAUUCCACUUGAUUUGGUUGCAAACUGAAACAAAGUGUCUGUUCUUUAAACUAAGCAACAGCAGAAACAAACUGACCAAAACAUUGGACCCAAAUUGAAUCAACAGACCAAGGGUCGAACUAACAAGGGCAGCCUGAAGAUUCUACACUUCUUGAUGUCCAGAGAAGUAAUCGGACGAGGAAGAAGGUGGUCACCUGGAACAGCAGGAUGCAAAGCCACCAGAUUUCUUUGAUCCGUCGUUUCCAUCGUUGGAUAUGGUGACCCUGUUUAAGGACAAUUCAGCCUUGUAUGCAUCUGAGUUAAGGACCUUUCUGCUCACAUUGUUGUAGAUCUCUCGGAUCACGAUCUCGAAGGCCUUUUUAACGUUGGUCGAAUCGAGUGCAGAUGUCUCCAUGAAGAAUAGGCCUUCUUCUUCUGCGAGGGUCUUGCCAUCUUCAAUGCUCACAUCUCUAAUGUUGUCCAAGUCACAUUUAUUGCCCACAAGCAUUUUGGCUACCGUGGUAUCAGAAUGCACUGCACCAACAUGUCGGCUGAAUUUUAGCCAUAAUAAUAGGGUAAAUGAUGGGAUCAAAGGUUUCUAAUAAAGUAAAAGACAUCGCAUUCACAAUCAGCAGUGGUCAAACGCAUUGACAAACCCAAUAUAAAGUAAAAGAUGGCAAACAAAACGAUCAUCUGGGUGUCCUGUAUACUACGUAAAGUCUCCAAUUUUCAACUUGAUUCUGCUACAACACUAGGAAAUACUUCCCCUGAAUCUAUUGUACAUCAAUAGGUUGACUGUAGAAUAACAAAUCAACCUACACAGUUCUUCUUUCUAGUUAUAUAUCAUUAUUGUUCAUAACAGAACCAAAGCACUCAAAACUACCUGCAGCAUGAUAUAAGUAAGCAAGCAUGUCUCUCCAAUGAGAAAACAGACAGAAGCUGGUAAGGAUUCAGAAAGCCAGACCAUUAUACUUCUCAACUACGCCCAAAACGAUAACAAGAUAAGAAAAUGACUAAUCAGAA